CUUGUCUCUCUUUCACCUCUUGAGAGAGACAAGAAGCCUAUGUGCAUCAACAGCCAUCAAAUUCAUAUCUGAAUCCAAUCAAAGGGGUUGUACAUUAAUACAAGCAUAGUAGUUUUCUGGGUUCAGAAGGAAGAGAUGGCAAAAACUGCUAUGCCGGAGAAGAAAGAAGCUCAUGGUUUGGUAGCCGUUGCAAUAGGCAAAGGCAAAGGCAGCCAAAAUGCCAUUAAGUGGGUUAUUGAUAAUAUCUUACACAAAGGAGACACAGUCAUUCUCAUUCAUGUCAAGCUCCUCAAGUCAUCUCCAGCACCUUCUAUUUUGCCUUCUCUUUCAACACCCAGGAUUAAGCAAAUUUCUGAUACAAAUGAUGAUGGUUCAUUGGGAUGUAAAGAUCCUGAUCCACAGACUAAGGAAAUCUUCCUGACUUUUCGUUGUUUUUGCUCUAGAAAAGAUAUAAAUUGCAGAGAUGUGGUGCUGGAGGACACUGAUGUGUCAAAAGCUUUAAUUGAAUUCAUUUCUCAGACUGCAAUUGGGACUCUGGUUAUUGGUGCCUCCUCCAAUAGAGGCUUUCUAAGAUUCAAGCAGACUGACACACCUGGUAACGUAUCUAAGGGGGCACCGGAUUUUUGCACAGUAUUUGUGAUUUCUAAAGGGAAGAUUUCAUCGAUACGAUCAGCCUCACGCCCCACCCCUUGUCUCUCUCCACUGCAUAACCAAUUACUUGCAAAUCAUGGAAGCAUAAGACCACCUCAACCAGAGAGACAAAGUACAAGAGCCUCUGGGCCACAAUUGGAGGCACCGUCACGAAAAUCAUCUGAGGAUUCAGAUUUCUUCAGGUCUCCUUUUACUAGAAAAGGCUCAAAUGGUAAAUCAUAUGGUGAACUUCCUCAACCGGAGUCAGAUAUAUCGUUUGUGAGCAGUGGAAGGCCGAGCAUUGACCGCAUAUUUCCAGCAAUCUAUGAUGGCUACAGCACAGGAGGGCGAACCCCUCCAAGGCUCUCUAAUUAUUCAGAUAUGGACAGCAACCAGAGUGUUGAAUCAAUUCACAUUGGAAGAAGAUCAUUGGAUUGCAACUCCCUGAGUGAUUUCUCAUCAGUCUCACAGGAUUAUGAGAGACUCUCAUCGGCAUCUCAAACAGCUGAUGAAGUGGAAGCUGAGAUGAGGAGGCUAAAGCUGGAACUCAAACGAACUAUGGAAAUGUACAACACUGCCUGCAAAGAAGCAAUCACAGCUAAACAAAGGGCAAAUGAACUCCAACGCUGGAAAAUGGAAGAAGAACGGAGAUUAGAAGAGGUGCGCCUCGCUGGGGAAGCUGCAAUAGCCAUGGCGGAAAGGGAGAGAGCCAAAUCAAAAGCAGCCUUAGAAGCAGCAGAAGCUGCUCGAAGAAUUGCAGAACUUGAAGCACAGAAAAGAAUAAGCACUGAAAUGAAAGCACAGAAACAAAUAGAAGAAAAGAAGAGAGCACUAAAUGCUCUGGCACUUACAGAUACUAGAUACAGAAAGUACUCCAUCGAUGAAAUUGAAGCUGCAACAGAAUUCUUCUCAAGCUCCCGCAAGAUUGGAGAAGGAGGUUAUGGGCCAGUAUACGAGGGUAAUCUGGACCAUACACCUGUUGCAAUCAAGGUUUUACGCCCAGAUGCAGCUCAGGGAAGAGCCCAGUUUCAGCAAGAGGUUGAAAUAUUGAGCAGCGUAAGACACCCUAACAUGGUUCUCCUUCUGGGAGCCUGCCCAGAAUAUGGGUGUUUAGUUUAUGAGUUUAUGGCGAACGGAAGCUUAGAGGACCGCUUGUUCCGGCGGGGAAACACCCCAGCUCUGUCAUGGCAGCUAAGAUUUAAAAUCGCCGCUGAAAUUGGGACAGCCUUACUGUUUCUUCACCAGGCAAAACCUGAACCCCUUGUGCAUCGCGACCUGAAACCAGCCAACAUCUUGCUUGAUCGCAACUUCGUAAGCAAGAUCAGUGAUGUUGGAUUGGCCAGGCUCGUCCCACCUUCUGUGGCUGACAAUGUGACACAGUAUCGGAUGACAUCAACAGCAGGAACAUUUUGCUAUAUAGAUCCCGAGUAUCAGCAAACUGGGAUGCUUGGCACCAAGUCUGAUAUAUACUCGCUUGGAAUUAUGUUUCUGCAACUGAUAACAGCCAGGCCUCCAAUGGGGUUGACGCACCAUGUAGGACGAGCUAUCGAGAAGGGCAGUUUCGAAGAGUUGUUGGACCCGGCUGUGCCCGACUGGCCUGUUGAAGAGGCACUGUCAUUUGCUAAGUUGUCCCUUCAGUGUGCUGAGUUAAGGCGGAAAGACAGACCAGAUCUUGGUAAAGUUGUUUUGCCAGAACUUAAUAGAUUGAGAGCAUUUGCUGAAGAAACCUUGAACCCUCUGUUUGUUGGCGGCUCAGGCAACUCCCCUUCCAAAGCCAAGUCUCCAUAGAUGAGUCUAUCAGUGAUCCUCAGCUUACACAAUGCUCUGAAUGAUGAAAGCUCGUUAAACCUUUCGGCUUGAUAAGGGUCAAAACAAGUUGGGAGAACGUUUAGAUUUUGUAGUUAAUUAAAUUGACCAUAUGUUUCAAAAGGCUUUUUCGGUCCCAGCAUGUAUCAAGAGAGUUCAGAACAUUCUUCAAUUAUAUUCCUUACCAUUUUAUCCAUAUAAAUACAUGUCAAUAUACACAUCGUCUAAA